AUACGGCGGACGUCUCACUUGCGGUAGUGUAACUGUGCGUUACUUGGAGGAACUGUUUGGCGGUGGUGCGAUCGAUUUCUGAACACAAUACACCUAAACACAUUGCAAGUGUGAUAUUGUGGACAAAAUGAAUGACGGCCAAGUAAACGGCGGUUUCGAGUCGUCGGAGCCCAAGAUGGAACCAAAACGAUCAUCGCAAAUAAGUUUACCUCCAGCAAAUAAUAAAGCGGCUCUGGAUAAUAUAGAUGACACGGACUUAGAGGCUGAACCGCCAGAACGUAUGGUAUGGUCCAACAACAUUGAAUUCUUGAUGUCCUGCAUCGCUACAUCCGUCGGUUUGGGUAACGUGUGGCGGUUCCCUUUCAUCGCGUACCAGAAUGGAGGAGGUGCUUUCCUGGUGCCAUACGUCAUCGUUCUUUUACUUGUCGGCAAGCCUGUGUACUACUUAGAGUGUGUCCUCGGACAAUUCAGUUCAAGAAACUCUGUUAAAGUUUGGUCAAUUUCACCGGCCAUGAAAGGUACUGGAUACGCUCAAGCUGCCGGCUGCGGUUACAUCCUGUCUUACUACGUGGUGAUCUGUGGUCUCUGUCUGUAUUACUUAGCUAUGAGCUUCCAGGCCACUCUUCCAUGGGCUAUUUGUCAGCCUGAGUGGGAGAACUGCGUACCCUCAGAUCCAACACUUGCUGCAUCAGUCAACAACAUCACCAAUGGUACCAGCAGUGCUCAACUCUACUUUUUGAGAACAGUUCUCCAACAAAGCGAUGGAAUUGAAGGAGGUCUUGGUGCCCCCAUCUGGUACUUGGUGUUGUGUCUAUUCAUCGCAUGGCUCAUGGUGUUCGGAGUCGUCGCCCGAGGAGUCAAGAGUUCCGGCAAAGCGGCCUACUUCCUCGCGCUCUUCCCAUACGUUGUCAUGAUCACUUUAUUCAUCACCACAAUCAUCCUGCCCGGUGCUACUGACGGCAUCCUGUUCUUCGUCACGCCUCAAUGGGCGAAACUCCUUGAGCUCGGUGUAUGGUACUCAGCAGUCACGCAAGUGUUCUUCUCUCUGACAGUGUGCACCGGACCGAUCAUCAUGUUCUCCUCUUACAACGGUUUCAGACAUAAUAUCUACAGGGAUGCUUGGAUUGUUACGACUUUGGACACCUUUACAAGUUUCUUGUCUGGGUGCACGAUCUUCGGUAUCCUUGGUAACCUCGCGUACGAACUCAACUCAGAGGUGGGAGAUGUGGUCGGUGCUGGCGGUACCAGUCUUGCUUUCAUUUCAUACCCUGAUGCCAUUGCCAAAACAUUCCAACCUCAGCUAUUCUCGGUGCUGUUCUUCCUGAUGAUGUCGGUGCUGGGUAUCGGCUCAUCCGUGGCUCUGCUAUCGACUUUCAACACUUUGGCUAUGGACGCGUUCCCACGUGUACCCACCGUCUACAUGUCAGCGAUGACCUGUUCUUGCGGUUUCCUGCUUGGACUUGUUUACUGCACACCGGGUGGACAAUAUAUUCUUGAGCUUGUAGAUCACUACGGUGGAACAUUCCUUGUGCUUUUCUGCGCCAUUUCUGAACUCGCAGGCGUGUUCUGGAUUUAUGGAUUGGAGAAUCUGUGCCUAGACAUUGAGUUCAUGUUGGGUAAAAAGACUGGUGCUUACUGGCGUCUCUGCUGGGGCGUAAUCACUCCUGCUAUAAUGACGACUGUGUUCUUCUACGCUCUUCUCGCCUCUAACAACCUGGUGUUCGGAGACAACUACGUAUACCCGACUGCUGGUUAUGUUUCUGGAUACUUGAUGUUAUUUUUGGGCAUGACGUUUGUGCCAAUUGGAAUUGGAUUUUCUUUGUACAAAUACCGUACCGGAACCUUCAGCGAGACGAUCAAGAAAGCCUUCCACUCCAAACCCUCAUGGGGUCCCCGCUCGCCGAGAGAGCGUAGAGAAUGGAUGCAGUUCAAGGCUGAAGCGAAAGCUCUUAGACAAAAGAUGAACACAUCACGCGUCAAGCACUUAUGGUACAGUAUCACGGGUGCUUACAGGCGUAAUAUUAAUUAGCUAAUAAAAUAUUAUGUAAAAUAUGUACAAAUCUAUACCUACUGAUCACUUAGUGGAAAUUAAUAGGCUAGUUCUAACUUCCCUUCUUAACUUUAUGACAAAGGUCAUAAUGUAACGCGUUUAUCAAAUGGCGAGGAAAGGCGAAUCAUACAAGAAUCUAUGACGCAUGCUAAAAUACAUUUUCAUUGUAUUGGUACUUCUGGCUCUUAGUUGUAUAAGUAUAUGUUUAUGUUAAAUUAUAUUCGGUGCCAUAUCAUAUAAUACCUGCUGUAACAUUAAAUAACAUUUUUUACACUGGUAACACUCUUUCUGCAAUAAGGAAAGACUGAUAGUAAAUGAAGAUUUAUUGACUAGUAAUAAUAGACUAAAUUUUCAUAAUAAAAUCAUGUAAAAACAAACCAUUUAUCACGUAGACGCAAGAUCAGAGAUAAGUACAUGUUAAAGAAUAUUAUGUAAAACCAAUUGCUAUAAAAAUCAAACUUCAUAAAUACUCAUAGCUUAUGAAGGAAUUGUUGUUAUCUAUACAUAUACCGGUGUCGAUAUUAUACAUGUUACGAUUUUAUUUAACUUAUUACCAUACGUGUCGUUAAAUAGAUUUAUAUACUUAUGUUGCAAAGUCGAUGCUAUAUCGUUAGGACCUAUAUGGUCUUGCGUUUGAUUUUAUAGCUAUUCGAUAGAGUACUACUACACUAUUCAAAUAGUACGUAAUAAAUAAAAAGUCUUGAAAAAUCUUCAAGAACUCUGUGCAACAUAUUUAUAACUUUAUUAUUUACAGUUUCAUAUAAGUUUCAAGGUAUUGUAAUUUAUUAUUUAAUUAAUCGAUAAUAAAAUAUAUCCAAAAUAAAUAGAUAG